AUGCCUCCCAAACGCAUGACCGCAAAUCCCCUCAAGCCCGCCCGCUACCGCCCCGGCAAACCCACCGCCGAAGCACCCUCAUCCUCCUCCGACGAAGACGCCUCGGACGCAGAAGAUCAGCAGCAACAGCAAUCCACUGCCGCACCACCGCCAAAAGCAACAUCCUUCCCCAGCGCCUCGAAAAUCACGCACAACCUCCGGAACGUCAACCUUGAUGCCCGGCGCGCCGAAGCCGCAGCACGCGAAGCCGCACGCGUAGAGGCCGAAGCAGCGGCAAGGAAAGCGGCUGAGGAGGGCUUUGAGACAGAGUCCGAGGCCGAGGGCUCUGGCUCCGGUAGUGGUAGUGGAAGUGGGAGCGAGGAGUCAGAGGAAGAAGAAGAAAGCAGUUCAGAAGAGGACACCGCAGCCGCGCGACGGAAGCUGCUCCGCCCCGUCUUCGUGCGCAAAGACCAGCGCAAGAACGGUGCCGCAGCAGGAGGAGGACCGCAGGACACAGCGGCUGCGGAGGAAGCGCGACAGGCGGAGGAAAAAGCGCGCAGGAAAGCGGCUGCGGACGCGCUGGUGCAGGAGCAGUUGGAGGCGCGGGCCGCGGCUAAGGAGGCAGCAAAGAAGGGCUGGGAUGAUGACGAGGACGUCCCGGAUGCGGAGAUGGUGGACGAUACCGACGAUGUGGAUCCCGAAGCCGAGCGAGCGGCGUGGAAGCUGCGGGAGCUGCGGAGGGUAAAGCGCGAGCGCGAGAUCAUCGAGACGGCGGAGAAGGAGCGCGAGGAGGUUGAGCGUCGUAGGAACCUCACGAAGGAGGAGCGGGAGGCGGAGGAUCGAGAGCGGUUGGAGCAGCAGAAGGAGGAAAGGGAAGGGCGUGGGAAGAUGGGGUAUAUGCAGAAGUACUUCCACAAGGGUGCAUUCUUCCAGGACGACGCGAAGGCGCAAGGACUGGAUCGGAGAGAUAUUAUGGGCAGCCGUUAUGCGGACGAUGUGCAGAAUCGGGAGCUGUUGCCGCAGUACAUGCAGAUCAGGGAUAUGACGAAGUUGGGAAAGAAGGGUCGCACGAGGUACAAGGAUCUUAAGAGCGAGGAUACGGGUAGGUGGGGAGAUCUGGGCGACAGAAGAGGGCCGAGAGGUGACUCGUAUGGGGUGGAUGACAGGUUUCGACCGGAUCGUGGUGGAGUAACUGGCGCCAACGCGAGUGCGGUUGGAGAAAGGAAGAGAUAUGGGAAUGAGCCUGAGCGGGAUGGCAAGAGGGCGAGGUUGGACUGA